AUGCAGAGACGGCGGAUUCCCGUCCUCAUCCUUGACUCGAGCGACAAGGUGGAGGGCAUGAUGCACUACAUCCAGUCUGGCACCCCGUUCAUUGCCAGGCCGAAGCGGGGCAAGAACAUCAUGAAACUGAUGAACGCUAAUGAGACAGAUAUGUCCAUGAUGGGGGUUGAGAUGCAGACUUUCAUGGAGAAGUUUGACCAGCAGGUCGAAGCGGCUACCCAAAAAAAUGGUAAACCACCGCGUUCGUCUCGGCUGUUGGAAUGCGCAAGAUCAUCAGGGGAAUUUUUCCAGGUGUUGUCCUGUGGCGAUUUCGAUCCUGAACAAGCUAUGGCAGCUGGCACGGUACCCUUCGCAGCAACGGACAUCAUGGCAGAAAUGGAUGGAAAGCUUACCAGAGAAACGAAAGACAAAGCGAUUUUGGAUGCAAUGUGUCCACGCGCUGCUGGGCUUGCCCGUGGGAGCACUUAUGCGGGCAUAGAAUCAAGCUUCUUGCCUUCCGCGCGCUGGCAAUUCGCAGGAUCGAGACUUUUGGCCAUAGCCCGCCCUUGUGAUGUGGGAAAAUACUUCGAAACACAAGAGUUGUCGAAGGUCCUCCAGUGCUUGAAGGAGCUCACACCAGACAGUUUGAAAGCAGGGUCCCUGCCAACGUUCAUGGUGAACCAAGUGACCGCAGGAGACAUGGUCUUUUUGCCCUUUGGCUUCAUCUUUUGUGAAAAAGCCACCAAUGCAGCAAGCAUCACCAUCCGAGCCACUGUGGAGCUCUUGAGCCCUGAGGGGCGCGACGAUUUCAAUCAGUUUUGCAGCCAAAUCCCUGAAGGGCAUGUGUCCGCAGCUUUGCAGAACAUGAUGCCCAAGCUGAAUUUUGCAGCUGCACCACCAGUCACUGUGCCACCCGCACCCGCAUCAGUUGGUCAUGGUGUGGACGGUGCUGACAGUGCCAUGGAGGAGCCCAACGGAGAGACCGACGAGAAGAGCCAGAGCCACGGGAUUAAAGCUGAGGUCAAGGUUGAAAAACGUGAUGAGUCAGGUCCUGGUCAGGACAAUCGCUCACUUGGGGCGGUUGCGCCUGCGGCUGCUGAGAUUGCCAGUUCUGGCAAUGACGAUGCUGCGGAUGCUCAGGACGCACCCCCUGAAGAUCGUGCAGCCCCUCCUCGAGAGGCUGCUGAGGCGGUUGCGCCUGCUGAUCAUGCUUCGCCUUCUGCCACGGCCCCUGCUGGAGAGGCUGCUGAAGCGCUUGUGGCUGCUGAUCAUGUUGCGACUGUCGCCACGGCUCUUGCUGAAGAGGCUGCUCAACCGCCUGUGGCUGCUGAUCAUGCUUCGCCAGAGACUGCUGAAGCGCUUGUGGCUGCUGAUCAUGUUGCGACUGUCGCCACGGCCCCUGCUGAAAAGGCUGCUCAACCGCCUGUGGCUGCUGAUCAUGCUUCGCCAGAGGCUGCUGAAGCGCUUGCGGCUGCUAAUCAUGUUGCGACUGUCGCCACGGCCCCUGCUGAAGAGGCUGCUCAACCGCCGGUGGCUGCUGAUCAUGUUGCGCUUUGUGCCACGGCCGCUCCUGUCGAGGCUGCUGAGGCGGCGCCUUCGGCUGCUGCUCCUU